GUAAUUGUGAUUUAUGAAGCCAAGGAGAAGAUAAACUCAUAAAACACAGAGAAAGAAAGCGUGAGAAAGAGAGACCCUUUUGAAUGGAGUAUGUUCUAAGCCACGUUGGUGCAGGUUUCUGCAAUGGCAUGACCUCAAAGGGAGUUUUAGGUACCCAUUUCAAGGCUAGUUCCUUUGUUGGUGUUGGUGGUGUGAGAACAAGGCGUGUAGUGUUGGUGAAAGCUGAGGCUGUGAGCAUAAACCCAGAUAUAAGGAAGAGUGAAGAGAAAGUGGUGGAUUCUGUGGUGGUCACUGAACUCUCCAAGCCCCUCACUCCUUAUUGCAGAUGUUGGAGAUCAGGGACUUUUCCUCUAUGCGAUGGAAGCCAUGUAAAACACAACAAAGCCACCGGAGAUAAUGUUGGCCCUCUUCUUUUGAAAAAGUAAAAUUAUGAUGACCAUGGCUUAUUUUUAUCAGAGAAUUACCUUAAACUUUUUAAGGAAGUUUUUUUUUUUUUUUUGCGGAUCAGACUUGGUAUUUCAGUGUUUGAAAUAAAACGUGGCUUAUAAUAUGAAUGUGAUUCCUUUUACUGUCUAUUUUCAUAUUUUGACCUGUAUAUGAGUAAUAACUUUGUUGAGGUCAGCUGCGAGUGACAGUGAACAGCCACGUAUACCUAAUUUCUGAGAUUGAGAUAAUGUUUUGCUUUGGACA